GUCCUCUGAUGGGGAAGACAGUUCUCAGUAUGGGGGGAUGUCAGAGCUAUACUGGGUCCACUGAGGAUGAGCCAAAGACUCUCAACUACAGUAGCAACAGCCUACUAAAACUGAAGAAUAAUAGUACUCAGUCAGCUCCAUCGUUGGGGGAGAAGCCUUACCUGCACAGUGACCUCCUCUGUGAGCGGGUUUGUGACGCUGACCUUUUCACCCUGUGUGCCCUGCCAGCUGGCCUGGACCUGCACGAGUGGUUGGCCACCAACACAAUCUACUUCUUCCAGCAGAUCAACCUUCUUUCCAGUGCAUUGUCUGAGUUCUGCACCUCCACAACCUGCCCUAAAGCCAGUGGCCCUGGAAACAAGGUGUAUGAAUGGACAGAUGAACAGGGCAGGAAGCUGAAGUGUUCAGCUCCUCUCUACACAGACUACGCCAUGUCUUACAUUCAGGAUCUACUCACAGAUGAAAAUGUGUUCCCCACCAGUGCAGGUGUACCAUUCCCUUCUGGGUUUGUGUACCUGCUGGAGAAAGUGUUUCUGUUGCUGUUCCGGACAUUGGCUCACCUGUACAGUUCACAUUUCAGAGAUGCUGUCACCGUGGAGAUACACCCCCACCUCAACACACUGUUCACACACUUUAUGACCUUUAGCCACGCCUUCAGACUAUUAGACAGCAGAGAGACAGCACCGCUGGAGGACUUGAUCACUGCACUUAUACAAUGCUAAUGUACACACAC